CAUGAUUCACAUUUUAGCAUCGAAAUACCUCAGGCUAUGCUCAAAGCAUCGCAAGGACUUGAUUUGACGAACUCUGACAGGGACUAGCUGCACGAAUGUGCCUGUAGAGUGGGACCAGAUCUCUCAACGUGAUCGGAGUUUGACUCGGAGCAUCUCGGAGCCAAGUCGGCCUUGCGGGGCCAAGUCGGAGGCAUCGUCCUGCGGGGCUCCACACGAAUCGCUUGAAUCACAACGAACCAACGCGCAGCCUCAACCUGUCCACACAAUCUGAAGUUUAUUACCGGGAAUAGCUAGUGGUUAUGAUGUCCCUAUCUACGGAGCUCGGCACAACACACAUGCACGCUUCCUGCUUCUUUCAUUACUUUCCUCCCAAACACCUCUCACCUUGUCCAAGCCUUCAUCGCCACUCGAUCUUUGUGUACACCUUUGAUGCAAGAAAUAUCUUCAUGAUAGAGCCUAGAGCGAGCAUUUGAAAGACGAAUUGAGCAAUAUGUCCCCUCAUGCUGAUCCCCUCUACCACAAGCGCGUCUGGUGGAAGGAAGCAACAUUCUACCAGAUCUAUCCAGCAAGUUUCAAAGACAGCAACGGUGAUGGUUGGGGUGAUAUCCCCGGCGUGCUGCAGAAGAUCGAGUACAUUGCGUCGCUGGGCGUGGAUGUCGUAUGGCUCUCGCCAAUGUUCGACUCGCCUCAGGUAGACAUGGGUUACGAUGUCUCAAACUACGAGGAUGUAUAUGCGCCAUAUGGCACAGUCAAAGAUGUUGAGGACCUGAUCGAAGCUUGCCACAAGUAUGAUAUGAAGCUCAUCUUGGAUUUGGUUGUCAACCACACAAGUGACCAGCAUAACUGGUUCAAGGAGAGCAGGAGCUCGAAGAACAACCCGAAAAGAGAUUGGUACUUCUGGGAACCUGCGCGAUACGACGAUCAAGGAAACCGGAUACCACCAACCAACUAUCGCUCAUACUUUGCAGGCGGAACCUGGACAUGGGACGAGCCCACUCAGGAGUACUAUCUACAUCUAUACGACAAAACCCAGCCGGAUCUGAACUGGGAGAAUGAGGAAUGCCGCAAAGCCAUAUACGACUCAGCAAUGCGAUUUUGGCUAGAGAAAGGUAUUGACGGCUUUCGGAUAGACACUGUCAACAAAUACUCCAAAGUGCUGCCCUUCACCGACGCGCCCAUCACAGACCCCACAUCGUUCACCCAGUCGGCCCCUGAGAAGUGGUGCAACGGGCCGCGAAUCCACGAGUUCAUCCAAGAAAUGAACACCCAAGUCCUCAGCCAUUACCGCACAUACGAUAAUCUCCCUCUUGUCACCGUUGGUGAACUCUCGCUCUGCCCGGGCCCGUCGGACGUCAUUCCAUAUGUCUCAGCGCGCUCAAAGGAGCUAGACAUGGUAUUUCAGUUCGAUAUCACCCACCUCGGCCAAGGCCCCCCGGGCGGGACAUCCAAGUACGACUUCGCGCCCUGGACCUUAGCCAAGAUGAAGCGCAUCGUGACGAAAUGGCAGACCAUGAUCGACGGUACUGACGCCUGGACUACCGUCUUCAACGAGAACCAUGACAACGGCCGUUCCGUUUCGCGCUUCGCCCACGACUCACCUGAGUGGCGGGCCCUCAGCGCCAAAAUGCUUGCGCUAUGGCUUGCCGCACAGAGCGGCACGCUGUUCCUGUAUCAGGGCCAGGAGAUUGGCAUGGUCAACGCACCGUCGCACUGGGAUCUUGAAGCCGAGUACAAGGAUGUCGAGAGCCAGAAUUACUGGGCCGAGGCCGUGCGACUGGACGACAGCGGCGUAGAUGUCGGGCGCAAGGAGCGUAUUGCGAAGGGCUUGCAGCUCAUGGCGCGCGAUCAUGCAAGGCUGCCAUUCCAGUGGGAUGGCAGUGCAAACGCAGGGUUUUCGACAGGCAAGCCGUGGAUGCGGGUGCACGAUGAGUAUCCCAAACUCAACGCUGCGCUACAAGAGGGUGACUCCCAGAGCGUGCUGGGGUUCUACAAAACGAUGCUUGCGCUGCGGAGGGAGCAUAAAGAUGUGUUUGUGUAUGGAAAAUUCGAGUUGCUGGAUCCCGACAGUGAGGAGACAUUUGUGUACCGUAAGCGUUACGAGGACAAGACAGCGGUUGUGGUGCUUAAUUUCACAACGGAGAGACAUGAUCUGCCUGAGCGCGAUGUAAGGGGCAUGAGGGUGCUUGUCAGUUCUUAUGGUAAGGUCACGAGCGAGACGUUACAGCCACUGGAGGGACGGGUGUAUGUUGACUACUAGCCUGUGUCCUCUCAGGUAUCUCGAAAUAAUGACAUCAAACACACAAUCCAG